AGUUAAGAUGCCUCACGCGUAUCCCUUCCUCACUCCUGAGCAGAAGAAGGAGCUCAGUGAUAUCGCUCACAAGAUCGUUGCUCCCGGCAAGGGAAUCCUAGCCGCAGAUGAGUCUACCGGUAGCGUGGCCAAGCGCUUCCAGAGCAUCAACGCUGAGAACACUGAGGAGAACAGGAGGCUGUACCGCCAGCUCCUCUUCACCGCUGACGACCGCGCCGCCCCCUGCAUUGGCGGCGUCAUCCUCUUCCACGAGACCAUGUACCAGAAGACCGACAGUGGCAAACCCUUCCCCGAGUUCCUCAAGGAGAGAGGCAUGGUGGUGGGCAUCAAGGUCGACAAAGGUGUCGUCCCUCUGGCCGGAACCAACGGCGAGACAACGACUCAGGGUCUCGAUGGACUGUACGAGCGCUGCGCCCAGUACAAGAAGGACGGUGCCGACUUCGCCAAGUGGCGUUGUGUGCUGAAGAUCACCCCCACCACUCCUUCAAGACUGGCCAUCAUUGAGAAUGCCAACGUCCUGGCCCGCUAUGCCAGCAUCUGCCAGAUGCAUGGCAUCGUGCCCAUCGUGGAGCCUGAGAUCCUCCCCGAUGGCGACCAUGACCUGAAGCGCUGCCAGUAUGUCACCGAGAAAGUCCUGGCCGCCGUUUACAAGGCUCUGUCCGACCACCACGUGUACCUGGAGGGCACUCUGCUCAAGCCCAACAUGGUUACCGCCGGCCACUCCUGCUCAAUGAAGUACAGCAACCAGGAGAUCGCCAUGGCGACCGUUACCGCCCUCCGCCGCACCGUGCCCCCUGCAGUCCCUGGCAUCACCUUCUUGUCUGGUGGUCAGAGUGAGGAGGAGGCUUCGGUCAACCUGAACGCCAUGAACCAGUGCCCUCUGCACAGGCCCUGGGCCCUGACCUUCUCGUACGGACGUGCCCUGCAGGCAUCUGCCCUCAAGGCCUGGGGUGGCAAAAAGGAGAAUGGAAAGGCAUGCCAGGAGGAGUUUAUCAAGAGAGCUCUGGCCAACAGCCAGGCAUGCCAGGGAAAAUACGCUUCCACUGGAAGCAGCGCUGCCGGUGGAGAGUCUCUGUUUAUGGCUAAUCACUCUUACUAAAGCACACCACCACGUUCACUCUCUCACACUUAUCACGCCGGCGCCAUGACUCUGCCUGUCACCUCUCUGCUAAUGUAAAGCCUCGCGGUUGGAAGUGAGAGUGGAAAAUCUCCUCCUUUUUGUUGUCGCAACCGGAAGAUUUUCCUCCAUUCCCUUGACCUUAUGCAGAUUCACACCUUUUCUCAGGUGAAUAUUCCCACACUGUUUUUACACAAGUUGCACUACUUUUCAUUGGAUUUAUACUGGUUCAAUGAAAUAAAGUGUUUUACCCUUC